GAAACGAGAUCAUUUUCUACGGACUAUCACCACGACUUGCAACUCGUGCAAUUAAUUAACUUGCGCAAUUAACGACUACAUAAAUUUCGUAAGUAUUUUCAUCGGAACACCAAUAUAUCUCGCGCAAAAACAUGUCACUUAAGAAUCAAACAGGAUGCGAUAAACAAAACCGGAUGUGAUAAGAACUUUCUAAGCAUCGUGACAUUUUACGCCCACGAACAAUAAUGAUUUCUUCAGCGAGACAUGCGUGAAUGGAUCUCGCUCUGAAUGUUUUCGAUCUGGACGCAAUGUGUUCAUCGAUUUGCGGAUUGAGAGCGCGAGAUAACGUACGAAUCGCUGAAUAUCUCAAAAACAAAGAGAUUCCGUUCGAUGCGCUAAUUCGCGAGGUCCGCGGAUAUCACGCUAGUCGUAGAGCUUCCGCGUUAUAUUCGCGAUCGCGUUUCGAUGGGACUCCGUCGCGAUGUAAAAUAAUAAAGCGCGCGUCGCGUGCGACUAACAUCGCGAGUGUCGUGCAAAGUACGGGCAAUUAUUCUAUCGCGAUGAUUAAUACGCGCGAUCGUAAUUAACCGCGUUUUCGCGAGUGCUGUGUUAUAGCAGUGUUAUAGCAGACGACUCCGACAGGAGAGGAUGACCUGAGAGUUUCAAUGUAAUCACAAUCCCGCCGCUCCACAUCGUAUCGAAAGAUGGAUAACAUCUUUGGGAAGGAAGACUCCGGCGAUGAAAGAGACGGCGAACGUAAGGACGUCGAAGAACAUAAGGAUAACAAAAGUAGUCCACCACAAAACUCAGGGUCUAAAGACGCCGAAGUUAUGGAGGUCGACAGUGUGCAAGUUAAGGCAGAGUCGGACGCAAUGAGCUCUCGGUCGCAGUCGGACGCUGAAGAGACUAUAGAAAACGUAGGCUCUAAUGCUGCCUGCCCGGUUGCGGAGACAGUAGAGAUUGUGAAGCAGGAGCUUCAUACGAAGGAGGAGGAACAGAUCGCGGAAGAUAUAUUCGGUAAUGACAUUAUGAUACCUCGCCCUAACCCAGUCAGUUCUACGAAAGAAAGGCGGGAGAGCAAAGAGAAGAGCAGAAAGGAAGUAGAAGAGGAGGAGAGGGAAAAGAUGCAGGUGCUAGUGUCUAACUUCACUGAGGAUCAACUCGACAGAUACGAGAUGUACAGACGAUCUGCAUUCCCGAAAGCCGCUAUAAAGAGGAUCAUGCAAACCAUAACGGGCUGUUCAGUGUCUCAGAACGUUGUCAUAGCUAUGUCAGGCAUUGCCAAGGUAUUUGUUGGUGAAAUCGUUGAGGAAGCUCUAGAUGUUAUGGAGACCCAGAAUGAAACUGGUCCGUUACAACCGAAGCACUUGAGAGAAGCCGUCCGCCGAUUAAGACUGCAGGGUCAAAUACCGAACGGUCGAGCGCACAAAGCAUUUUUCAGACUAUAAUCAGCUCCAUAUUUGCAUAUCAAUUAUAUAUAAUAUAUUAUUUACGGUAGUUCUCUCAUGCGUCGACUGCAAUGCGUGGAGUAAGCCUGACAUAAGGAGUAAGAGAGAACUUUUAGCGUAAGGAAGCUAAAAUACAGGCAUAAUUUUUAAAAUAUUUGUAAUACUGGCCGCGAUUGCGUUCUCAUUCGCCGUAAGCGUGAGAGCUGAAGAAGGAGUUAGAAAUAAACUUGAUUUAUUUCCUUACUCCUACUGCUUACUCCAGGCUUACUCCACGCAUUGCAGACGACGCAAUACAGAAGCCUAUGGACACUUAGAAUUUAUGAAUGUAAUGUAAGUAUAAAUUAUGCGAUUCGCCCAGUGGUCACAAUCGGGCCUUUUACAUAUUAAAUUAUUACGGCUGUUCACCUUUUACAUUCUAAACGUUAUCGGUUAGUUAAAACUCAUUAUGAUAGAUGUACAUUUUACUAGCAACCGUUUUACGUUUUCCAUCUUGAAGCAUAUUAAGCCGAGUAUAAUUAUGUAUAUUUUUAUAUUGCAAAUUUUAUCAUUACAUAAUAAUUAUCAAUUUUAGAUGAUUGUGAGUCGUCAAGGCACGUGGAUCAGACAAACAGCAAAUAUUUUGUUACAUACUCGGUACACAUGCAUGCAAUCAUAUGCAAGUUUGUAUUUCGGGAGUUUCACGAAUACAAUGAUCAUGUUACAUCUCGUACGAUAAGAAAGUCUAGUGUUACGUAUUUAUCGGAAUUUUAAGUCUCCCGCGGCAUUUUCCCCUAGACUCAACAUCGAAAGUUCAGCGCCGCGCGAGGCGCACUCAUCGCGAGGACUAGGGCCCUUCGUGUCCUUUUCGGUUUAGCUCGGUUAGUUAGUUGGUUGCUGCAAGGCGGGCUAGCAGACAAGAUCGCUCUGGUAGGCCCUCGUAAGCAAGCAGGCGUGUGCGACAAGUCCGAUAUCUCUGGCGAUACACAAAGUUGCGGUGUGCAUCGAGAAAAUCAAGCGUGUAAUCUCCGAAAUAUACACAUACAAGCUAA